AUGGUCAAUAUGAAUAAUAAUAUAGUUGUAAAUAUACAAAAAUCUGAGUCGUUGUACCAGAUUUUUAAAGAUCAUAAUUCAUUGAAGAAUAUUCCAAAAAUCAUUAAACUUGACAAGACAUUAACUAUUAAUGAAAAUUUAAAUAACUUAUCAUUAUUUGCAUUGCAUCCAUCUACUACAAUUCCAGUAUUUUACUCAUUUGAACCAAUUUUUCUUGAUUUAAUGUCAAGAUGGAUUAGUAACCCUACAAAUGUUGAAUUUGAAUAUAAUAGAGUUCAUAUGAAUGGUGAAACUAAUCAAAUUUCAGGUUCAGUUAUACUUUCUGCAUUAUCCAGAUUGAUUGGAUUAUGCAAUGAGUCUUUGAAUUUGAUUGAAUACUUUAUAACUAAGGUCGAUUUCUUUUCGAGUUUGAUUAAUAUUUCCAAUACAUCUAUACCAACCGUACAUCACGAAGAAUUAGAGCAUAUCUUGCUAGCAUUUUAUAGAUUAACUUAUUGGAAUAUUGGAAGAUUUAAACAAUAUAUUAUGCCAAAGGCAUUAUAUGCGAUCAUGAAAAUUGAAGAUACCCAGUAUAAUGUCUCCAAGUACCUAGCUGUCCAAAUUUUGUGCAGAUAUUUGAAUGCUUCUGAAAAAUCGCAAAUUGAAAUGUUAAAUAGCCAUAUUGGGCUUGAAGAUUCCUUAAAAGGCUCUUAUGAAUCAGACCCGUCUAUUGAUUAUAGGUUUUUGCAUUUGAUCGAAGCUAAAAGAUUGUCGAAUUUUACGAAGUUGCCAAAAGAUGUUGAUUCUGGCAAGUCAGAUAAAUUUCUUGCUGUGGAACCAAAAGAUUUAAAUCCACUAGUUACGUCUAUUUGUGGUAUAUUAGUCCCAAAUUUAAUUAGCAAAGAUGAAAAAACAUGUCAAAAUAAGUUAAAGCCAACAGAUCUCGUUCCAACCGAAAACUCAAUUCACGUAUUAAGACAAUUAGCUCAUAAUAUUCAAAAUAAUAAAUCUGUUAUGCUCUACGGUAGAAGUGGUGCUGGUAAAACUUAUCUUAUUAAUCAAGUUGCGCAAUAUAUGUCGUAUGAGGAUUCAAUUGUUAAAAUCCACUUAGGUGAACAAACUGAUGCUAAGUUAUUGUUAGGUACUUAUACUUCUGGAGAAAAACCAGGUACCUUCCAAUGGAGAUCUGGUGUUUUAACAACUGCGGUUCAAGAAGGUAAAUGGGUUUUAAUUGAAGAUAUUGAUAAAGCUCCAACCGAAGUAUUGUCGGUUUUACUAACAUUAUUGGAGAAGAGAGAAUUAACAAUUCCUUCCAGAGGCGAAAUAAUUAAAGCCAAGAAUGGCUUUCAAUUAAUUUCAACUAUAAGAAUAUCUGACGAUUCGUCGAAAGAUACUAUACCGGAUUUAAUAGGUUUAAGGUUGUGGGAACUAAUCAAGGUUGCUGUUCCGACAGAAAUUGAUUUGAGAAAUAUUCUUGUAACUAAAUUUCCGCUUUUGAAGAACUUUAUAGUGCCGUUUAUCAGGUGUUACAAUGAAAUUCUUAGGAUAUAUUCGUUAAGUUCGUUUAUUUCAUUGAACAAAGGCUCACAUCCAAGGAAUAUAUCCUUUAGAGAUUUAAUGAAGUUUUGUGAAAGAUGUAAUAGAAUGCUUAAGAAUGAAGGUAUUGACAACCCAAGCCAAUUAUUAGAAUCUUCAGUAUAUGAUAAUAUAUUUGCUGAAGCUGUCGACUGUUUCGGUAGUGCAGUAACAGAGUAUAGUGCAUUAGUACCAUUGAUAAAUGCAAUUGGUGAAACCUUGGAAAUUCCUACGUCAAGAAUUAAUUUGUUUUUAAGUAAGCAUACUCCUGAUUUAAUUAAUGAUGAUGAAAAACUUAAAAUUGGAAGAGCUACUUUGGAAAAAUCGUUGGCAGAUAAAGCAUUAUUCGUAAACAGGAAGGGAGGUAAUAACUCAUCGUUUGCGAAAACAAAUCAUUCGUUGAAAUUAAUGGAACAAAUUGGUGUUUCAAUACAAAUGGUUGAACCUGUGUUACUAGUUGGUGAAACAGGUACUGGUAAAACAACAGUUGUUCAAGAAGUUGCUAAAAUGAUGAACAAGAAAUUAACUGUUAUAAAUGUUUCUCAGCAAACGGAAGCAGGUGAUUUAUUAGGUGGCUAUAAACCAGUUAAUACCAAAACUGUAGCCAUACCAUUACAAGAAAUCUUUGAAAAUUUAUUUAUUGCUACAUUUUCCAAAAAGAAGAAUGAGAAAUUCUCUCAAAUAUUAUCCAAAUGUUUCAAUAAAAGCCAAUGGAAAAAUGUUAUUAGACUCUGGUUUGAAGCUCUCAGGAUGGCAAAAGACUUACUUGCUAAAUCUGAAAAUGAUUCGGAUGAAGAAGCUGGUGGCCCAAAGAAAAAGCGUAAGUUGAGAUCUCACGAAAAGUCAAUUUUAUUAGAUAAAUGGUUUGAGCUUGAAGUGAAGAUUAAGGACUUUGAAAUUCAGUCCUCUUCUCUCGAGAAUUCUUUCGUUUUUAAUUUUGUUGAAGGCUCAUUAGUUCAAGCGGUUAGAAAUGGUGAUUGGUUGUUGUUGGAUGAGAUUAAUUUAGCUUCCUCUGAUACAUUGGAAAGUAUUGCUGACUUAUUGUCAGAAUCCUUAGAGCAAAGGUCUAUUUUGUUGACGGAAAGAGGUGAUGUCGAAUCAAUUAAAGCUCACGAGGAUUUCAGAAUAUUUGGUUGUAUGAAUCCAUCUACAGAUGUUGGUAAAAAAGAUUUACCUUUGAGUAUUCGUUCAAAAUUUUCGGAGAUUUAUGUCCACUCGCCGGAUAGAGAUAUUCAAGAUUUAUUAUCGAUUAUUGAUAAGUACAUCAACAGAUACGCAGUUGGCGAUGAAUGGGUUGGUAACGAUAUAGCAGAAUUAUAUUUGGAAGCGAAAAGAUUAGCAGAAUCUAAUAAAAUUGUCGAUGGUGCAAAUCAAAAACCACAUUUCAGUAUCCGUACGUUGACAAGAACUUUGAUUUAUGUGCGUGAUAUUGUCUCUAUUUAUGGUUUAAGAAGGUCCUUAUAUGAGGGAUUUUGUAUGGCAUUUUUAACUUUAUUAGACGUUAAGUCUGAGGAAAUUUUGAAACCCAUAAUUGUCAAAUAUACAAUUGGCAAAUUGAAAAAUGCUAAAUCAGUCAUGAGUCAAUGCCCUCCACCACCAGCAAAUAAUUCUGAUGAUUAUGUUCAGUUCAGACAUUACUGGAUGAAGAGAGGACCUGGUGAACCCCUUGAGCAACCAGAUUACAUUAUUACCCCUUUUGUUGAAAAAAAUUUACUUAAUUUAGUCAGAGCAACAGCCGGUAGAAGAUUUCCAGUAUUGGUUCAAGGUCCUACUUCUGCAGGUAAGACUUCUAUGAUCAAAUAUUUGGCAAAUAUAACUGGGCACAAAUUUGUCCGUAUCAAUAAUCAUGAACAUACUGAUUUACAAGAAUACUUAGGAACAUUUGUGUCAGACUCUACUGGUAAAUUAAUUUUCAGGGAAGGUGUUUUAGUGGAAGCUUUACGUAAAGGGCAUUGGAUAGUAUUAGAUGAGUUGAAUCUUGCACCUACAGAUGUCCUAGAAGCCUUAAAUCGUUUGCUUGAUGACAAUAGAGAAUUGUUUAUACCAGAAACUCAAGAGAUAGUUCAUCCACAUCCCGAUUUCAUGAUAUUCGCUACCCAGAACCCACCUGGUCUUUAUGGUGGUAGAAAAAUGCUUUCAAGGGCUUUCCGGAAUAGAUUUUUAGAAUUGCAUUUUGAUGAUAUUCCUCAGGAUGAAUUAGAAAUUAUUUUAAGAGAUAGAUGUAAAAUUGCACCUACAUAUGGGAAGAAAAUUGUUGAAGUUUAUAGACAAUUAUCUUUUCAACGUCAAUCAACAAGACUUUUUGAACAAAAGAAUUCGUUUGCCACUUUAAGAGAUUUGUUCAGAUGGGCGUUAAGAGAUGCAGUUGGGUAUGAAGAAUUGGCUGCCAAUGGCUAUAUGCUAUUAGCGGAAAGAGUUAGGAAAGCAGACCAAAAAAGAGUAGUCAAGGAAACUAUUGAAAAUGUAAUGAAAGUAAAGUUAGAUAUGGAUUCAUACUAUGAAAAAUUGGAGAAUAAAGCUUUAAUGAAUGUAAGUUCCUCAAUAGUAUGGACGAAGGCUAUGCGUCGUUUAGCAGUUCUUGUUUUCACUUCUAUGAAAUAUAAUGAGCCUUUAUUGUUAGUUGGUGAAACUGGGUGUGGUAAGACUACAGUCUGUCAAAUUAUUACAGAGUUCCUAAGAAAAGAGCUAAUAACGGUAAAUGCUCAUCAAAAUACAGAAACAGGUGAUCUUUUAGGUGCCCAAAGGCCUGUCCGUAAUAGAUUCGAAACACAGAGUACGUUGUUCAAUAAUUUGAUUAAUCUUUUCGAAACUCUUGGAGUUGAAAUUACACUUGAAGAUUCAAAGUUAGAUGAUUUAAUUAAGAAGUAUAAUUCAAUUGCAUCAUUUGAGAAUGUCGAUCCUGAGCUUAUUUCUGCAAUAGAGGAAGGCAAAAGAAACAGUGUGGCUUUGUUUGAGUGGAACGAUGGUCCAUUAAUACAUGCUAUGAAAGACGGUAAUAUUUUCUUACUAGAUGAAAUUUCCUUAGCUGAUGACUCUGUAUUGGAAAGAUUAAAUUCGGUCUUAGAACCUGAAAGGAGCAUAUUAUUGGCCGAAAAGGGUGUCGAUGAUGCAUUUAUUACGGCUCAUGAAGGAUUUGAAUUUUUAGCUACAAUGAAUCCAGGUGGUGAUUAUGGUAAGAAAGAAUUGUCUCCAGCCUUGAGAAAUCGUUUCACAGAAAUCUGGGUACCAUCAAUGGAUGAUUUUAAUGAUGUCAGACAAAUCGUCUCCUCUAAAUUGAAUCAUAGAGCAAAAGAUCUUUGUGAGCCACUAGUCCAGUUUUCGGAAUGGUAUGGCAAGAAGUUUGGUGCUGGUCAAACUAAUAGUGGUGUAAUUUCGCUUCGUGAUAUUUUGGCAUGGGUUCAAUUCAUAAAUUCCUGCGCCGAUGAAGUUAGUACGGAAGCAGCACUAUUACACGGUGCAUCUAUGGUAUUUAUUGAUGCUCUAGGCACAAAUAACACGGCAUAUUUAGCAGAAAAUGAAAUGAGAUUGAAAGACCAGAAGUUAGAAUGUGUUCAGAAGUUAUCAGAAUUUUGCCAGAGUGAUUUAUUGAAAUAUUACACUGACCACUUUACUGUUGACUUAAGACACGAUAUGCUAUCAUUUGGAUUGUUUUCUAUUCCAAGAGUUGAAGGUUCAAGGGCCAGUGAUUCAUUCAACUUGCAUGCUCCCACUACUGCGGCUAAUGCUAUGCGUGUUGUUAGAGCCAUGCAAGUACAUAAACCCAUCCUAUUAGAAGGUAGUCCUGGUGUAGGGAAAACUAGUUUGGUAUCGGCAUUGGCGAAAGCGACAGGUAAUUCCUUGAUCAGAAUCAAUUUGUCCGAACAAACCGACUUGGUUGAUUUGUUUGGUUCAGAUGCCCCUGCAGAAGGUGGAAAAGCUGGGGAAUUUACCUGGAGAGAUGCUCCAUUUUUAAGAGCUAUGCAGAAGGGUGAAUGGGUUUUACUAGAUGAAAUGAAUUUAGCAUCUCAAUCUGUAUUAGAAGGAUUGAAUGCCUGUUUGGAUCAUCGUGGUGAAGCUUAUAUUCCUGAGUUAGAUAAAUCAUUUACUUGUCACCCUGACUUCGUUGUUUUUGCAGCACAAAAUCCACAGUAUCAAGGAGGUGGUAGAAAAGGUUUACCUAAGUCCUUCGUGAACAGAUUCACAGUAGUUUAUGUGGAUGUUUUGAAAUCAGAAGAUUUAAACAUGAUUUCGCAACAUUUAUUCCCAAAUAUAGAUGGUGAUACUUGCUCCAAGAUUAUUAGAUUCAUGUCUGAAUUGGAAAGAGAAGUUGUUGUAAAGCGGAUGUGGGGAUCUUCGGGUGGCCCAUGGGAAUUUAAUCUCCGUGAUACCUUAAGGUGGUUGGAAUUAUUCAGCUCUAAAAAUAUUUGCGGAGACUUGACCCCUGGAGACUUCUUGAAUAUGAUUGUUUGUGAGAGAUUUAGAUCUAAAGACGACCGGAUGAGGGCUAGAACUUUAUUUGAGUCUAUAUUUGGUCAAAAGCCUAAUCGUGAUAAUCUCUACUCUAUAGGUGAUGAUUUUGUUCAAGUUGGAUCUGCAAUAAUCGAAAGAAAACAGACCGUUCAGCAUUUAACUGGAUCAAAGUUGAUUCCUUUACAAUGUAACUUUCCUUUCAUAGAAUCUGCGAUACACAGUAUCAAUCAAAAUUUACCGCUAAUUCUUGCUGGUCCAACUAAUUCAGGUAAGACGGAACUAAUAAGGUUUAUAGCAGAUAUUGUUGGUGCAAAAAUUGAUGAAUUUGCCAUGAAUAGUGAUGUUGAUAGCAUGGAUAUUCUUGGUGGAUAUGAACAGGUAGAUCUUACAAGGGCUAUAGUUGCUCUUACUAAUAAGGUCCGUAAUUUAUUAGUUGAUUUAGCAAUUGUGAAUUUAUGCUCAGAACAUACAGAACCGACUGUUUUAUUGCAAGCUUUGGAACUAAUCAACUAUAUUGAUAUCAAAGAAAUUAAUAUUGCAAAUUACAAUGAAUUUCACAGUUUCUUAAAAUCUUAUUUGUCAUUUUAUUCAAAUGAUGACCUUAUGGCUAUUUAUAAAGAGUCACAAGACUUACAGAAGAAAACAAAGGAAAACAAGAGCGUCAAAUUUGAAUGGUUUGAUGGUCUUUUAGUCAAGGCUGUAGAAAAAGGUAAUUGGUUGAUUUUGGACAAUGCUAACCUUUGUAGUCCAUCAGUUCUUGAUAGGUUAAAUUCCUUGUUGGAGACAAACGGUACAUUGAUUAUCAAUGAAUGCAGUUCCGAAGAUGGCAAACCAAGGACGAUUACACCGCAUCCAAAUUUCAGAUUAUUCUUAACUAUGGAUCCAAAACAUGGAGAAUUAUCUCGUGCCAUGAGAAAUAGAGGUAUCGAACUCUACAUGGAUUCAAUUAAAGAAAGAAUAUCAAAGUUUGAUUCCAGCUGCCUUGGAUUUCCUGUUACUGAAAAAUCAGAGAAAGACUUAGAGGAAAAAAUGAAAAACUUAGAAGUUAAUGAAGUUGCUUUUAAACCUUCAAUGGCCUUUAUCGCAGCAAAUUUGUCUACAAUUAGACCGUAUGCAUUAUUGAAUGACAUAUUUGACAGAUACAACCAAGAAAGCAAGAAUGAAAUUAUAAAUGUUAUUUUAGGUAUAAUUCCUUUCAUUUGUUUGCAAGAAUUGGAGGCGUGGAGAGAUUCCAUCUGCUCAUCUGCUGAGUUUGAUUCGCAACAUAAAUCUUUCUCAAAUGACUUGAUAGUAAGGUUGAAGUUUUUGGAAGAAGAAGGCAUAUUAACAAGUUUAUCAUCUAUGUAUUAUCCUGUACAGAAUAUGAUUAAUGGAGUGAAUGAAAAUGUCAAGAAUUUUGUCAACUAUCAAUCACUUAAUCCACUUGUGAAUUAUUAUGUCCACAACUUCAUUGCUGAAGAAGCAUUAUUCUUUGAUUCACCAGAACCAACUUUCUUAUUUGAAACAGUCUCAGGAAUAUUGGAAUCAUCUUCUUCCUUGAAUCACUUAGAGGAAAAGUCUAUGCAUGGUAAAAUUAGUGAUUUAUCUUACAUUGAAAGGUCAGCCGCAUUCCAACUUGGUAGGAAUAUCAAGAAAGUGCCUAGAUUGGAUAUAUAUCGUCUUGUGAAAAGUGUAAAUGAAUUCAUUCUCAAAGCUUUUAAAAGUGGCGCAAAAGAUAUGGUAUUCUCCUCUGAAAGGCUAUACAGAGCAUUGUUUGACUUACAUGUAAUAUGGAAGAGCUUAUUGGAUACUGCUAGCGAACAGGACGAAUCCAAAUUAAGGGUUUUUAAGGAUUUGAUUCUUUCAUGGAUUGAAAAUUAUAGUACUGAUCCUUUUAUCGUAAAUUUCGUUGAAGAACUAAAGGCAUCUGUUGAUGCCUUUGGGGAAGCUUUGGUAUUGAAGUCCGGGUUUUCCAUGGCUAAAAUUUGGGAACAAUUUAGAAUGUCAUAUCCUCUCACAGAGAAUACUUGGAAUAAUGCAGAAAUUCUAUUUGGAUUAGCAAAAGAAUUUGAUAUAGUUGCACAGGAACAGUUAAAUGAUACAAAUGCCGCAGUGUCGAACUUGAGGACUGCAAUUCUCGGACUUUAUCAAGAUAUCGUGUUGAAUAAUAUAACAGAUGAUGAUUUCUCUAUGAUAGCUGAUGACUUGAAGUCAGGAAUAUCCAAAUUAAAAGAUAUGUCUAACGCUUUUAUUUAUAAACGUCAUAAUGAAUUUAAGUAUGAAUUUUCGUUGUUGUCUAAUUUUGUUGAAUGUUCGUCUAGUAAUGGCGAUGAUAAUACUGAACUAUUAUCAUUGGCCACCCUAUCUGGUCGGUCUACUUUCUCAUUAUUGAGGUCAUCGCAUUCUGAUAUCUUUAAUCCUUAUCCAUCGGUAUUUGAUAGUUUAUGGACUAUUAAAAAUGGAAAAUGUCACUCGUUAGUUCCAGGACUCUUUUCCUAUGAAAUAAUUUCAUCAUCCUUGUCUAAAAGUCAGAAAUUUUCAUCAUUCCCAGGGAAGAAUUUACAACAAAAUCUCCAAGAUAUCAAAAUAUUUACCGAUAGUAUCGUGAACAAUUCACGUUCGAUUUUGAAAGACCAAAGUGCUUUAUUUAGUGGAUUAUUGAUUUCUUGGUUUGCUAAAAUUAUUGAAGCGCACAUUAUGUCGUUUGAUCCUGAUGAUCGUGAAGUUGUAACUAAUUUGGUGAAAGAGUCGUUCACUAAGGAAUCAAUUGAACCCCUUAUUGAUAUUAUUCAGAGAUCUGAUAAUAAGGAAUUCAUUGAUGUUUGCGAAAGAUUUAUGUUUCCUUCCUUAUUCCUUGCGAUAUCUGCGCAUACUUUACAAAUUCUAGGCAAAGCAUGGAUUCUAUUCUCUUGUGGUGCAAUUCAAUUGUAUGUCCCAAGCUCGGCAUAUGAUCCUGCUAUUAGAGAACAUGUAAUCUACAAGAAAUUUAUGGAGCAACAAGCUUCGGCACAAGACAUGGUCUUGGCCUGGGAAUCAGCAAGGGAAGUUCUGUAUGGUGAUUCUGAAAUACAUGCUGAAACGGUUAUGCCAAUACUCGAUCUUUCUAAAGGUCCUAAGAAGCCGCGUGUUUUCAGACGGACUGGACUGAUUGAUCGUCUUUUUGAGGAAUGGAAGGCAUUCAUGGAUUCUACUAUUAAUGUCGAUCCAGUUAUGAAUCUUUUAAGCUCCGCUGAAGAAUUAGUUGAAGCUAGUGGUAAAAUGAUUGAUAUUUUCCAUAAUAAUUCGUCACAGUUCUUGUUACGUUUAGAUCAAAAUUUUUUGAUCUAUUCAGACCUUAAUGAUAUUUUGCGUGGUUACGUUUAUGGCUUAAAAUUUGGAUUCGAUUUGUUAUCAAUGGGAAUUGAGAAUUCUAAGACUAUGUUUGAGUUUAGUGAUGUAUGGCCUAUUAAUGUUUCAGAAUUAGCUGAUUCGUCUAAAGUUCUUGAAACAUUUCCGGCUGCGAAAGAAUUUUGUAAAAGUCUAGGGGCAGAUUCCAUCGCAUCAGAACAUAUUAUGUUGUUUUUCAUCAGAGUAUGUUUCGCCCAUAAGAAUCAUACUUCGAACAACUCGCUUGACUCCAUUGUACAACAAGCGUUCCAAUCCCUUUACUAUAGAUGGUCGUUACGUCGUAUGAAGGCUGAAGAAGAAAGUUCGCUCCAAAGUAGUUUAUACAAAUAUUCAGAUCCUUCAACCGAUAUUGAAGAUGAUUUUAAAUCAUUAUUUCCAGAUCAUGAAGAAGUUAUGAACGUUGAAAUAGAUUCCAGUAGUAAGAAUGAUUCGUUUGAGGAAGUUUAUGUCAAUAUUGGUAAGAUAUACGUUGACGCAUUUUUAUCUAGACAACAAGAUGAUAUGCCAACCUUAGUAAACCAAGGGUCCGAAUUAUGUGAAUUGUUAGCAAAUUACAAGGAGGGCUUUAAAUCCCAAAGUAAUAAUUCGCCUAUAUUAUCAGCAUUAAUAACUAGAUUAACAUCCUCAUUCAAUGAAUUAACGAGCAACAAUUUUGAAGUUGAUUUUUACCGUGGAAACAUCCCAAGUGAGUUCAAGAAAGCAAUGUCAAUAGUAUCUUCAGUGCACAUGUUUACAUUAAAGUUAUUAGAGCAAUGGCCAGAGCAUGCUACGUUACAAAACAUUGCAAGAGCUUGUGAUGAAUUUUUGGCUUUUCCUAUGCAUUGUCCAAUUUCAAGAUUAUUACAGAAGAUAGAACAAAUCUACACGUACAUAUCUGAAUGGGAAAAAUAUGCACAUAGUCAAGUUUCUCUCAAGUCUAAUUUUGAUGAAUUGACACAGCUUAUUGUUUCCUGGAGGAAAUUAGAAUUAUCUGCGUGGAAAUCUCUUUUAAAGAAUGAAGAUGAGCUGGCCGAGAGAAGUAUAGGAAAAUGGUGGUUUCAUUUAUUUGAAACUAUUAUUAUUCCUAAUUUUUCUAACCAGCAAAAGGAAGAUAUGCCAGUUGUGAAAUUGUUGGCAGCUUUGAAUGUAUUUAUGAGUCAAACAACCUAUGGAGAAUUUAUUCCAAGACUAAACUUGAUUAGGGCAUUUACAAAUCAUAUCGGUGUUAUAUCGCCUAAGGAAGUUAUUCAUGAUGCCCUUGCCAAUUUAGUUACUUUUUAUGAACAGUUUGUUUCCAGCAUUGAAGAAAAUAUUAGUAACGGGAAGAAAAAAUUAGAGAAAGACAUAUCAGAAGUUAUAUUACUUGCAAGUUGGAAGGAUGUCAAUAUUGAUGCCCUCAAGCAAAGUGCUCGCCGCUCUCAUAAUAAUCUUUAUAAGAUCGUUAGAAAAUACCGUGCGUUAUUGGCUACGUCAGUAUCUGGGAUUAUUGAACAAGGUAUUCCAGAGACCCAAAAAGUCUUAAUUGUUUCAACUGACAUACCUAGCGUUCGUGGUCAUGUCUUCGAUUCAAACAUCGUUACAAGCUCCUGUCAAGAAAUAUCAUCAUGGAACGAAAGACCUAGACGUCUCCAGAAUAUUACCAUGAUUGAUAAAAACAUGGAUAUAUAUGUAUCUCGUAUUAUCAAUGAAGAACUACCAAGUUUCUAUGAAUAUGCAAAGGAAUUGAUCGAGGAAAUGGAACGUCUUCGUAAAGAGACUCCAAAGGAAUUAAAAGAUGAUAAUAAAAAGCUUAUUGCUGCGUUGAAGACUCAAAAACGAAAACUUUUAAGUGAUACAUUACGGGAACUUAGGAGAAUUGGUUUGAAAACAAGUCUUAGAGCUGAUAUUCAUAAAAUUCAAUCAACAGUUAAUGCUAUUUUAGUCAACAGUAAGAGCUUCGAAAGUUCGAUGCUUGAAGGAUGUGAUAAACACUAUUUCAGAGUUUUGGAUAUUAUACCACGUUUGAAGGCGGCUGUUUCCAAUGUCGCUGAAGACGUUCCUCAAGUGGAUGCAGAUAAAGGUCUUGCUGCCGCUGAGAACCUUGUAUUUUCUUUGAUAACUAUUCGUGAACCAUUAUUUGAAUUUGCAACUUCUGUUUCUACAAUGGACGAAUUAUACACUUCAUUCGAAUAUUUGACAAAUUCAGAAGACUUUAAGGACACAUUAGCCAGAACAACGAUUCUUGCAUCAACGAAAUUGAAUUUAUUUGAAAUUGAAAAUAUUUUAUUCUGGCUUCCUAAGCUUUUGGAUUAUGCUUUGCAUGUUAUUCAUUCUAGUUUCAAAUUUUCUGACUCAAUUAGCACAGAGAUAUAUUACAAAGCUAAGGCCAAUAUUAACGAAUUACUCAGCCAAUUGUCUGGUAUCGAUAAGAAUGUGACCAAACAAGAAAACAUUGAGUUCAUUGAAAAAUUUAGGAUUUUUUACCAAAACUUAAUUGAAGAUUUGAAUUCCUGGAAGGUAGCUACUAAUAAACUAUUCUUUGUUUCGGAUACAAUCUUAGCCUGGAUAGAGGCAAGGAAAUAUCAGCCAUUUGUGAACAGCUCCACUUCGAUAACUGAAGUCAGGACAUUAGAAGAUAUAGAGAGAGCAUUCCGUGAAUUGUCGACUUUUAUUUUAUUAACAGUGCAAAAAGUUACUGAAAGCCAAUCAGAAUCAAUAAGUGAAAAUGACGAUAAUUGGUUAAUUCUUACACAACUGAGAAUGAUGAAGUAUAUUAAAUCUAUGCACAGUAAUAGAAUGAUUCAGAAAAUGCAGCAGUGUUUUAACAUCAUAUCGAAAGUUGAACAUAAUUCCGAAACAUCGAGAUUGACUUCAGCGCUUGCUAGUUUUACUUUGCCUCUUAUUCGUCACUAUUAUAAAUUAGCUUUGACAAUUCUUGACAAAACUAGAUCUAACUAUACUUCAACAUCACAUGCAACGUUUAUAUUAACGUCAUCUCUUCAUACAUUAGCUACUAAAGGUUUCUGUUCUCCAGAGCCGCCAUCUGACCAAAAGGAGAACGACAAUUUACAAGACGGUACAGGUUUAGGUGAUGGAGAUGGGGCAAACAACAAUUCUAAGGACAUUGAACAAGAUGAUGACUUGACAGAAGAUGCUCAACAACCCAAUGAAGAUAAUAAGGAUAAAGAUGAUAAAGAAGAUGAAGAUGACAAUGCAGUUGAUAUGGAGGGGGAUAUGGCUGGUGAUCUUGAAGAAGCUUCUGAUCAAGAAAAAGACGAUGCGGAAGACGACGAAGGUGACGAUGAAGAAUUGGAUGAAGAGGUUGAUGAUAUUGAUGAUCUCGAUCCAAAUGCUAUCGAUGAAAAGAUGUGGGAUGAAGAAGCGAAAGAGGAUAACAAAGAAAAGGAUUCAGAUAAAAUGCCAGAAAAUUCAACUAAUGAUGAUGAUAAUAUGGAAGCUAAAGAAGAUGAAGAGAAAGGUUCUGAUGAUAAGAAUAAAAACGACGAAACGAAAUCUAAUGAUCAAGAAGAGAAUGAAGACAAUAGUGAAGAUGAAAACAACGAUGAAGAAGGUGACGAUAAAGACGUAGGUGAGCAAGAUGAUGAAGUUCAGAAUAAAGAAAACGAACAGCUUGAAGAGCACGUCCCUGAAAGUGAAGUCCUAGAUCUUCCUGAAGAUAUGAAUCUUGAUUCCGGUGAUGAAGAAAAGGAAGAGAAUGAAGAUGAAGGGGAUGAUUUUGAAGAUAAGAUGGAUAUCGACCUUGAUGACGAGAAGAAUGAAGUAAAGGACGAAGAUCAAGAUAAAAUCCCAGAAGAGGAUCACAAGACUAAUGAAAAUGAGGACGGUGAAGAAGAUGAAGAAGAGGAGGAGGAGGAGGAGGAGGAGGAGAAUGAUGAUGAGAAUGGAGAAAAUGAUCAAAACAAUGAUGUUUCGGAGGAGCCAAACGAGGAAGGUUUUGAUUCAGACGAAGAUGUCGCCAAGGAUAAAGGUAAUGAAGAAGAAGACGAAGAAGAUAAAGAAACUGGUGGUAAUGAUAAAGAUUUAAACCAAGAGACAGCUGAAGGAGUUGAUGGUGCAGACGAUGAUGCUGCUAAUGAAGACAUGGACAUGGAAUCAGCAGUGAAGCAGGAGUCAGGAGAAAAGGGAGAUGGUUCGGAUAACCAAGUUAUCGAAGAGAAUGAUGAUAUAGGGGCCACAGGAGGAGCAUCAGCGGACUCUAACCAACAAGAUAUGGAAAAGGAAGAUAAAAAUACUCCAGAUGAUGCUCGUGAUAUGGCCAAGGAAUCAUUGAAACAAUUGGGUGAUUCAUUAAAGGAAUUUCAUCGUCGUAGACAAGAAAUUAAAGAAUCGUCAAUUGAAGAGAAACAAGAUACUAAUCAAUCAGCAAAUGAAAGGCCUGAUGAAUUCCAGCAUGUUGACGGCGAUAAUGCAGAUUUUGACACGCAAGCGUUAGGUGCAGCAGAUAAAGAUCAGACCCAAGCUAUUGACGAAGAAAAUGCUAUUGAUGACGAUGAAGAAGUGGCAAAUGAAGAAAAACAAGAAGUUAAAGAAGAAGCAGAAGAAAUAAAAGAAGAAGAUAAAAUGGAUAUAGAUGAUAAUGUUGAAGAAAUCCAAGACCAAAAGGCUGAUCCUGAAGCCGAUUUUGAAGGUAAAACAAAGGGGAUAUUUAUGAAUGAAGAAAGAUUGGCGGAAGAAGAUGAUUUAAUCAUAAAUAGCGAAUUGAACGAUAUGGAAAGUAGACUCGACGAAGAAAUGGACAUUGUUAACGAUAAAAAAUAUGAAGAGAAUGAUGAUAUUCCUCCUAUUGAUAUUGAAGAUGCUCGGGAAUUGUGGAAGACCAGUGAAUUGGCCACACAAGAACUAGCAUCAGGUUUAUGUGAACAAUUAAGAUUAAUUUUGGAACCAACAUUAGCUACAAAAUUACGGGGUGAUUACAAGACAGGUAAAAGACUUAAUAUGAAAAGAAUUAUUCCUUAUAUUGCAUCUGAUUUUAGAAAAGAUAAGAUUUGGUUAAGAAGAACUAAACCGUCAAAGAGACAGUAUCAAAUUAUGAUAGCAGUUGAUGAUUCCAAAUCUAUGAGUGAAUCCAAAUCUACAGAAUUAGCUUUCCACAGUAUUGCGUUAGUAUCAAAAGCGUUAACACAAUUAGAAAGCGGUGGAUUAUCGAUUGUCAAAUUUGGAGAAAGUGUCAAAGUCGUUCAUCCAUUUGAUAAGCCAUUUAAUAAUCAACAGACAGGGUCUAAUAUAUUCCUGUGGUUUGAUUUCCAGCAAACAAAGACUGAUAUCAAGAAGUUAUGUACAGAAUCAUUGAAAAUAUUUGAAACUGCAAAAUCAACAUCGAAUGAUGAUUUAUGGCAGUUGCAGAUCAUAAUCUCGGAUGGUGUUUGUGAGGAUCACGAUACUAUACAAAGAUUAGUGAGAAAAGCUAGAGAAGAAAAAAUCAUGCUAGUUUUCGUGAUCGUUGAUGGAAUUAAUUCAAGUGAAUCGAUAUUGGAUAUGAGUCAAGUGAACUAUGAAACUGAUCCAAGUACUGGGGCUAUGAGUUUGAAAGUCAAUAAGUAUUUAGACACCUUUCCAUUUGAGUUUUUCGUGGUGGUUAGAAAUAUUAAUGAGCUUCCUGAAAUGCUUUCCUUGGUCUUAAGACAAUAUUUUACUGAGGUUGCUUCAAUCUAG